AAGGGCCGUCCCUUGGACAGUCCCCUGUAUAGUGCACAUAUAUUACCGGUAGUCAAUGUAGAAAAUCUUACAUAGACUGUCCCAGUCAAGGAAAAGAAGAACAGAAUGGCAGUUGCACUGACACUAUUUUAUAUAUUUUCCACCCUACUCUGCUCCACAGGGUCAUCCACUGAUGUACCAAUUCUGACAGUGACCACAGAAACAUCUCAACAAAUUCAAUUAACAUGCUCCUUCAGCUGCUCAGCUGUUUACAACUCAAUACAAUGGAAUAGAGGAAAUACAUCAUUGGAUGUAGUUCAAAGAAUCAUUGAUGAACAUUCUGAGCUGCUUCUGAACGUAAUUUCAUUGGACAAUUCAACUAACUGCUUGAACACUAAAAAAGUGUACACUCUAUCGAUCAACCUAACCGCCCUAACAGUCGAGGUAAUAGAUGUACUACCCUCUGUGUCCUGCGUUGGUCAUAAUAAUGGAGUGCCAUAUUUUAGUCAACUCUUUAGCCUCGUAGACCUCGUUUCAUCAAUCUCUCAAGGUAUAAACGGGAGUCAACAAGACAGGCCUAUAUUGACCAGUCACUUCAGCAAAUCAAUUCUUAGGCUAUAUUGCUCAGUGAACUGCUCUUACAAAUACGUAAUUUGGAGUAGAGCUAAUCAUGAAAUUGACAAUGUCAACACAAUCGAUCAAGAUGAGCGUCUGCAACAUAAUGACUACAAUCGAAAUUGCAUCAUAGAUAGAACUGCUCCGCAAAUUUAUGAACUCGUUAUCAACGUUUCGAUUCAAAAUACAGUCUCAAUUUUGCCAAACAUUACUUGUAUAGGUGUGCUACGGAUGGGAAAGACUCGAAUGGAUCAUGUCUUCAGUGCAAAUACUAUUAAUAUAGCAUCUAUAAUUAUGCCGACUGAUCCAAGUGUGACACCACCUCCGAGCACUUCGGAUGGUUCAACGCCGAGCAGCAUAGUAACAGGUUCAGCAGCAAUACCUAGUUUCUCUCUGACUCAAUUAUCUAUAGUUUUGUGUUUAAUAGCUAUAUCACGAACAAUGUUGUAGUUGAUCUAUUAUUCAAUCUCUGUUGUCUUAUGGUAGCUAUUGUGAUUGCCGAAUUAAAAUAGUAUUCGUAUAAUGUUAUGUACUGUG